UGGCGGUAAAGCCAGAUGACGUAGUUUGCUAACAACACUUCCGGUUGACUCGGCUGACUCUGCGGCAGCCACAGCCUCUUGAUGCUGCCCAGUGUGGUCCACUUGGCUCGGCCUGUCUCCAUCCGUCUGGCCCACUUCAGACCACACAUGGACCCAGACCCAAGCCGCCCUGUUGAGAGGGCUAUCAGGACCAAACUAACCAACGCACUAAAGCCGGAUCACUUAGAGGUUCUUAAUGAAAGCCACAUGCACGCUGUGCCGCCUGGUUCUGAAUCCCAUUUCCGUGUCCUGGUCGUGAGCUCCCAGUUUGAGGACCUGCCACUGAUUCAGCGUCACCGUAUGGUUAAUGAGACUUUGAAGGAUGAGUUGAGUUGCCGCAUUCAUGCACUGGCCAUACAGGCUAAAACUCCCGCGCAGUGGGGGAGUAACCCUACACUGGCUAAGAGCCCACCGUGCAUGGGGGGGUCCAAGGGAGAUCACACUGUGGAGGAGAAACUGAAGACUGGACAAGAAUAAAGUGUUGGUCAAUGAAGCUGUGAAAUGUGCUGCUAUUACCAGAGACGGGGUCAGGAUCCACACAUGGGUUCUGGGAGCUUUUGUUUGGGUCACUUGGGUCCAGUGUUUUACCCACAGUACCCCUCUAUUCCACAUGAGGGAGCUGGUUACAACAAGUCCUUUUUGUAGCAGUAUAUUCUGUUAGUCUGAAAGGUUCUCAUUUUUUCCUUUUGAUUUAAAAUAAAUAAAUAAGAUCAAGUCAUUCUCAAAAUAUAUUCACCCUGUUUUAUCUAAACUGCAAUGUGAUGGGAGUUAAUGAGGGAGGAGAAACACUAUAAUACUACAUAUACACUAUACUAUACUAUAUAACUGUUCAUCAAGGCAUCAAGUAAGUUGUUGAAAUGUUUGUGAGAUAUUUAUUGACAGCGUUACCUACAUGUUCUAUGUGCUCUGUCAAUGUUUAACCUUUUUUAUUAUGGAACGUUUUUCACACCUACAGACACAACACAUGUUAUAAAUGAUAGAAGACAAAAGCAGCUCAUGGUGGCGUACGGUGAUGCUGCUGCUGCUGCUGAUGCUGCUGCUGCUGAUGAUGCUGCUGCUGCUGCUUCAGUUUCCCAUGAGAAAACUGAAGUCAACGUUUUAAGGUUGGCUCACUGGUGCUUUCAUUACUCAUUCAUUACUUCAUUACUUAAUAAAACACUGUUAAGAGAACACUAAUCAUGUGGUAUAUUACACCCAUCUUCUAUAUCUUUGCUUUAUGUUUAUCUGCCAUGGACCCUUUUUGUUUUUAGAAUAUCUAGACAAGAGAAUGUCAGUAUAAUUAGAUUAGAUCAGAGUUAGGAUGAGGGGGAACACUCCUCCCUGUUCUGGUCUAUAACAAUCCCCCGUUUACUGUGUUGAAUAUAAUUCAAAGGACCAAUAAAUCCCUGCACAUAGA